GUUCCAGAAACUAGGUAGAGAGUCAUCAAUCAAUCAGGUUCAUCCAUGUGCGUCCCAGCCCGCUUUUCAUUGCGACUCAAGGUCUCUCUCUCUCUGGCUCUGGCUCUCUCUCUAUCUUACUUACUUACUAGUACUAUUAUUACCUACUCUUUUUGCCUCUACCCUCCCUCACCCUCUCGCUCUAUCUUCACUUCCGUCCUUUCUCAAAUGCUCUGAGGCUUUUGUGGCUGCCUGCCUGGCUUUGUCCUUUUCCGCCGACGACCUUGUCCGAGCAGUCUCUGUCGCGCCAAACCCUCAAUGCCCUGGGCGCCCCGAGUCCUGCAACCUUCGUUUUCGAGUUUCACUUCGUCUGAUGUGUCUUCCCUCGACCCGGGAAUGUGUUAAGGUUGCCUAGCUGCGAAAUCGCCUCGCCCACGACGAGUCAGUUGCCCAUCGCCGAAAGCCAGCUUUCCGGGUGUUCGCCGCGGGACAAACUUCGACUAAGGACCCAACACAACGGUGUCCUCGAUUGAGAGUGCCGAUUUACCGUUUUAUACUUUCGCCUUUUAUUGCUUUAUAUAUUCAGAUAUACAGCAACUCAAUUCUUCCUUGUCCCACUGACCUGGUUUCUCACCAACCAAGACCCCCAGUCCGGCCUGGUGGGAUCUGCAACGCGACGAUAGUUUGGUUACAAUUCUGUGAUAUCUUUUUUAGACAACAUUCACCAUGCUCUCUAUACAGCCCGACUCUAACUUGGCUGGUAUGAUGGCUGCUCCUGAAUCGCGGCUGGGCAAAACUCAGCCCUAUGCCCGCGAACGCCGCAUCACGAAAGACGGAAGGCAUUUGUGGUAUCAGCUCGAGGUCCUUCAGCAACCCGAGCGUGCUCGAGCCUGUGGCUCAGGCCCUAAAUCCUCUGCCGAUCGUCGUCCUGUAGAUCCGCCACCCGUUGUUAUUUUGAGGGUAUUGGAAGGGGAAAACUUCGAUGGAGCUAGAGACAUCACGUUCGAUUACAACGUUGACUUCUUCUGUUAUGCCUCACUUGAACAUGCACGUCCAAUGGCCCAUGGAAGGGUUCAGACGCCUGCAGCCACAUCGCCUCCCGUUCUUACUGGCUUCCCCGUUUCAGGGUGCUGCUAUCUCGACCGGCCUGAUCCUGCUGGCUAUUUCCUGUUUCCAGAUCUUUCCGUCCGACACGAAGGCCGCUAUCGGCUGGUAUUUAGUCUAUACGAGUUGAUCAAGAAUGAAGGAGAUCUUGAUAGAGACGCCCCGGAACCGGAGUCUGGAUCCCAUCAACUUCCAACAGAUGCUUGUCAUAGAAUGGAUUUACGAUCUGCCGAUUUCACGGUAUUCAGCGCCAAGAAGUUCCCGGGUCUCACCGAGAGCACUACACUUAGCCGAACUGUUGCUGAGCAAGGUUGUCGUGUACGUAUCAGACGUGAUGUCCGUAUGAGAAGACGUGACACCAACACGAAGCCGUCUGGUGGCGAGGAGUAUAACAAUAAUGCCGAGGAAGAAUAUGCUAAACGACGGGGAACACAAACACCCGACGGAUACCGGGCCCGAUCUAUGAGUAACUCGAGCAUGGAGCGCACAGCUUUCCCUGAUAGACGGCCUUCAAAUGUCGAAUACGCCACUGCGCCUCCACCACCGACGUACCAGGGCAGCAAAUCUUCGGGUGCCAUGCUGAAUUUUGGACAACCUACGAAUGGUUUUGCUCAACCGUCAUACGGGCCCAUAAGUGCUUCAAAUCCGCAAUCCACGCCAGUCUCACCUGCACAGACAGCUUUCCCUCAGGGCCAAGGCAUGAAUUUGCCUCCUCCCCCUUCGCCGAGUUAUUCGGGAUCUGCCUAUCAGUCGUAUGAGCAACCCGAAGCGGAAAACAAGCGGCUCUCGAGCUCUUAUCCUCAUAUUUCGGCGAAGCCAUCGAGAGGUGGCGAGCCCAGAUCAUCUAUCAGCUCCAACAUCUCGGUGGAGAAUACUUCGCGUCCUAUUCUUCCAUCCAUCAGCUUCCCUAGUCCAUCCGACUCAACAUACUCCGAAUAUAGUGCAUAUCAACUGAAGAGUGGCCUUUACCCACAAUCAGAAACACGACCAGUCAAGCGGACAGCUGACGAAUCAUUCGCGUCGCAUCAGCAGCAAAUGCGUGAUAUCCGGGGUGAACGUUUACCCAUGCAACAACCUCUGUACCCAUUGACCUCGAGCUACAUGAGAGCCGACGGCAAGAAGGUGUAUGCUCCUCAACACCUCUGGUUACCGUAGAUGCCUCAAGCUCCACAUAUAUAUAUAUUCCUUUUUCUUUUUCUUUUUUCUCAGUCACUUUUGUGUCUCACGGUUUAUCACUAGUGGGCGGAUCAUACACGGGCUCGAGUCUGGGCCCUAGGUUUAUCGGCGUUUAGGCGGUGGUCUGGUCCAACACAGCACACGACUCAUGUGUACAUUCUAAGGAGGCUUCACUUUUAUUUCAUCUCCAUGUGUUAACUUUUAUUCGCGGAACGUUAGGGGUUAUUAUUAUAGGCACAACUGGUCCAACGACGGGACUACUUUCUUAGGUCGUGUCCUUUCUCCAAGCUGUUGGAUCAAGACGACUUGGGUUCCUACCGCAUACGGGGGAGAAAAGGAGGAAAAGGGAGGAGAGGAGUCCCAUUUACGUCGAGUUGAUCGCAUCCACGCAUGCCAUGCAUGAAGAUGAUGAGUGAAUGGAUUUAUAUGCGUCACGAGAACGAGACGUAGGUGCGUUCUAGACAGCGUUGAUUUAUUUACCAAGGAGUUGCAGCAUUCGCAUAAUUACCCUUUAUCAUUUGUUGUUAAGCGAUGAGUUGUUGGCGGGGCGGGACGGGUGAAUCAAAACAAUGAUACCAAUGAAGAUGCCCAUAGGGGGGGAUGAGAGGUUCAAUGCAGUCUGUAUAUAUUGGUGAAUAGCUUUCUUCAUAUUCUGAUAGUAUAUGAUUGCAAUUGACUUUUUUCCUCCCGGA